AUGAUGUGGGCUUGUCUUCUACUACUGACAGUGUGGUAUGCUGCUACUCAUGGACUUCUAUAUCCUGCAGAAAGUGAAACAAGACAAAUCAGAUCAUUAAAUGGUCUAUGGCAAUUUCGACUAGACGAAGAAGGAGUAGGUGAAACUGAACGAUGGUUUGCCAUGCUUAAUCUACCUCAACCUACUAUUCUUAUGCCUGUACCAGCCUCGUACAAUGAUAUCACACAAAAUAUUACCAUUCAUCGACAUAUUGGAUGGGUAUGGUAUGCAAGAGAUUUCUUUAUACAUAGUACAGCACCUCGUUGGGUACUUCGAUUUCAAGCUGCUCAUUAUGAAACUCAUGUUUGGGUGAAUGGACAAGCAGCAAUGAAUCAUUCUGGUGGACAUCUACCAUUUGAAGCUGAUAUCACAUCAUUCAUUCCAAAUGAUGCAAAGUCUUCCAAAAUGCGCAUUGUUGUAGCUAUUAACAAUACUCUUACACCAACAACAUUACCACCUGGUGAAUUAGUGAUUCAUAAUCCAACUUAUCGCGAACUACAAACUCAUUUCGAUUUUUUUAAUUAUGCCGGUAUUGAUCGUUCUGUCAUACUUUAUUCUACUUCAAAAACUUACAUUGAAGAUAUUGCUAUCGAUACACAAAGUAUUGAUUAUGAUAGUCAACAUAUAGCAACAUCCGCUGUUCUUAAUUAUACUGUCACCAUUGGUGGAACUAACCAGACUGAUGCCAUUCGUGUACUCAUCCAACUCUUAGAUGCUAAUGGCAUGAUUGUGGCAAACAGUACUGAUUUUCAAUCAUGUCUUGUUGUCAACAAACCCAAUCUAUGGGAGCCUUGUGGAAUGAACCAUACUCAUCUAUGUACCGAAGAAAGUUAUUUAUAUACAUUACAAGUUACACUAUAUAAUGAUGCACAACAGACGGAUGUAAUGGAUAUUUAUCGUAUACAUCAUGUUGGUAUUCGUACUGUUAAAUUAACAGAUUCAAAAUUUUUGAUCAAUGAACGUCCCUUCUAUUUUCAUGGAGUUAAUACGCUUGAAGAUAGUGAAAUUCGAGGAACAGGAUUUGAUAGAGUGAUCAUUGCUAAACAUUUUAAUUUAUAUGGUUGGAUACAUGGUAAUGCAUUUCGUACAUCUCCUCAUCCAUAUCCUGAAGAAUUUUAUCACAUAGCUGAUCGAUUUGGUAUAGUAAUUAUUGAUCAAACUGCAGCAAUUGGAUUAAAUAAACCUGAAUAUUUUUCACAAACUACUCUUGAACAUCACAAACAAAUAACCAGAGAAAUGAUUAAUCGUGAUAGAAACCAUCCAUCAGUUGUCAUGUGGUGUUUAGCGAAUGAACCUCAAUGUACUUUUUCACAAUCGAAAUCAUAUUUUAGUGCAUUAGUUAAUUUUACAAGAUCGAUAGUAGCUGGUCGUCCUAUUACUUUUGUUACGAACUUGAAUUUUAACAAUGAUCAAUGUAUUGAAUUUUUUGACGUGAUAUCUCUCGAUCGUUAUGUUGCCUGGUAUAGUGAUUAUGGACGUUUAGAUCAAAUUUCUAAUAUCAUAUCGCAAGAUCUAUCAAAUUGGCGGUUGACUUAUCCAACAAAACCGAUAUUGAUGAGCGAAUAUGGAGCAGACACGAUGCCAGGUCUUCAUAAUGAUCCACCAUUUAUGUUUACUGAAGAGUAUCAAAAGGACUUUUAUUCUGCUUAUCAUAUUUCUUUUGAUAAUGUUUCCUCUCUCACUCAUCCUGAUACUGGUUAUUUUAUUGGUGAAUUACCUUGGACUAUGUUUGACUUUGCUACUGAACAAAGUACCGUUCGUAUUGGUGGUCUCAAUCGCAAAGGUCUGUUCACCCGACAACGUCAACCAAAAGCAGCUGCUUAUAAAAAUCAUUCAACUGCAUUCUACAGAGAUCAAGUAAUAUUAUGUUUACCAACGCAUGAUUUGCCUUCUGGCGAAAAUGUUUAUGUAUCAAUUGAUGAAUUUCGAGAGAAGAUUCCAUUAACAACUUACAAAGACUAUACAGAUUAUAUUGAUCGAAUGGUUAUCGAGGGAGAAAAAAAUGUUCUCUCGUCGGAAGAUCCAGUUUAUUAUAGUAUGACUUCUGGAACCACGGCAAAGAUUAAACUCCUUCCUGCGACAUCAGUCACCAUAAGAAAACUUAAUGAAUCAUUUGUAUUGGGAUUUCAUAUUGUCCGAAGAUCAUUUCCUUCUUCGUCAUCUUCGUCUUUUAAUCAACGAGUAUUUACCUUACAAACAGGAAGAAAACCGAAUAUGUUUCCAACAUCAAAAGAUGGUAUACCAAUGGGUCCUAUUAGUAAUCUAAUAGUCGAACAUGGAGGAGAGACAUAUGCAUUGGAACGAGCUAAACAUAUUCGAAAUGAAUGUUCGAAAAAGAAUGUUCCCGGUAUUCUUCAUCGUCUUUGGCCAAAUUUAAUGUUUGCUACAACAGCUAUCGGAAGUACAUUUGCAAUAUAUAAACCUGAUAUUCAAUUUUAUUGUGGGGAACAUUUGCCUUUAAUCAAUCACAUGGUCUAUGGAUCAAGUGAAGGACGGUUUGGUUCUCUUGCAAGUAUUCACACAGACGAGUAUUUCCUAUUACCAACACAUGUAUUUUUUGAAUUCAUCAAAGAAGAAGAUAUUGAACAAGCACAACCAAAAACUCUUCUGAUCUCAGAGAUCGAACCAGGACAUCGAUAUGAAUUAGUGUGUACGACUGAUGCAGGAUUGGUUCGAUACAGAAUGGGAGAUGUAGUCAAUUGCACACGAUUUCUUUGUCGAGCCGAUGAUUUGGUUCCAUUACCCACAGAACCGGUAGAGAUUCCACGAAUUCCUCUCAUUUCUCUUGCAUAUCGUGUUGGAUCACUUUUGGAUGUAUUUGGAGAGAAAACAAAUGAAGUACAUUUAAUGAAUGCUCUUCAACAGACUGUUCAUCAAUGGAAAAGUCAAGGAAUACCAGUUGACUUUUGUGAUUUCACGUCAUAUCCAAAAUUAGAUGCAUCUCCGGCUAAAUAUGUUAUCUUUCUCGAAUUGUCUGAAGAUCAAAAAUGCAAGAUUAAUGCGCAACAACUUCAAAUUCUUAAGAGUACCGCUAGUGAAGAAGUCAAUCGACAACUUAGUAAAGCUAACGAAGUGUAUGAAAAAGUUCAACAUUUUAAGGUUCUUGAUCGACUUGAUUGUAUUCUUGUUCGAAGUGGAACAUUUUCAACUUUCUUACGGAAAUUCUUAUGGACCAGUCGUUCUAGUCCUACGCAAAUUAAACCUCAUCGUCUGUUAAAGAAUGAAGAACAUAUUCGAUUCUUUUAUGACAAUCAAAUAGAUACAUCAUUGUCUUAA